UGGACCUCCCAAAUAAUACAGAGCACAUGUGGACAAUGUACACACUGUGCAGUAUUCUGGUUUACAGAUAUACUGGACAACAUGCUGCAGCAGGAGAACUGAUAGGGGUGAACCCAACAACGCAACUCCUAGAGUGACUGCAGCUCAGCUCAGUAAGUGACCGCACAGUCUCUCCUUAUUAUAACAUUUAUUACAUUCAGGGACUGUUAUUGAGUAGUAAUAUUCUCCUCCAUCUUUGUGUUACUCUUCUUCCUCCAGAAUGAAUCUCCUGUCGUCUCUGGUUCUGUUCGGAUCUCUGGCUCUGACUCUGGGGUGCAGUGGUCCUGAUCCAGGAGCCACAAAUAUAGCAAGAAAUGGAGAAGCCUCCCAGAGUUCCAAUUGGUCAGAUAUCACAAUCGCUUCAAAGGGCAUAGAUGGUAACACAAACACAGAAGCACAGUCAUGCAGUAUGACCUCUGAAAUGAACAGUCCCUGGUGGAAGGUGGACCUGAAACAGACCUACAAGAUAUCACAUGUCGUCCUAACAAAGCGGAAGGACUGCUGUAAGGAUUGGCUGCUGGGAGCCGAGGUCAGAAUCGGGAACAACCCUGACAACAACAACCCAGUGUGUGGCACGGUCACCAGGGUUAAUACUAUAACCUUGCCAUUCUGCUGUAAUGGGAUGGAAGGUCAGUUCGUCAGUGUGGUCAUCCCAGGUCGCUACGAAAUGCUGACCCUUUGUGAGGUUGAGAUUUAUGGAGAACCAGUCACUGUUGCUCCCCCGGAGAAUAAAGUCUGCUGGUAGCUGCCAAGCUUCAAAACUCCAAAAACAUCAGAUCUUUUCUGCGUCUUCUUCAGCGUCUCCAGCUCUGUAUUCUGUAGAC